AUGCGAAUCUGUAUUUUACAAGCGUUCCUGUGCGCCGCUUUAUGGAGGCAUGCGUACGCGGUGUUUGAUGAUGAAGCAUACAAAACAGAUUGGCAGGUGGUGAACGUUGGCGAUUACAGAUGUGUUGUGGAUGAUGGUCGGGGCUCCCUCGUGGUGCUAUCGGACUUGGACCACAGCUCAAUGCUAUCAUGGAUUAGUUGCAAGGAUGGAAAGGUUGAAUUUCGGCAGAAACUGGAGUUUCAGGCAGAUGAUAUGAUGGUUCUCGGAGGCGGAGGCCAGGUAGCCCUCCGUCACGCUGAGGGUGGGCUGGUGAGCUUGUUCGACACUCAGCAUGGUUUCCAGCUGGACAAUGAGGUUGAUCUGUUCAGGUCCUCAUGCACACCCGAGCUUUCUAGUCUUGAGCUGAAGACGGACGUGCUCAAGUUCCACAGUGCAAGGCCCGAGGUGGGAUCGGCUGAGAUUCCGGUGCCAAAGGGGUUUCGCGAAAUCAAGUACUUGUCCAUUAGCGACAAGGGUCAAAUAUCUGUGCUUUUUGCGUGCGAUAAAUCAGUUUAUCACUACACUGAAGCCCGUGGGGGGUCCCUGACCACCCAGUGGACUAGGGACGAGUCCCUCGCAAACAUCGUCGCGUACACCUAUCUGUCUGAGACAGAGGAUAGCGAGCUAGUCAAUAAUGAGUGGAACAUUGAAGAGUCGAUGAGUCUAGUAGGCGGUUACCUGCGGCGCCUCUGCCGUAACCUGGAGAGGCUAAAAACCUUUAUUCUCACCAACCGUAAGACCCCCGGCACCCUGCUUACCGAAUUCCUGAAAGAUGAUGAGCAGUCAAUAUUGAAAAGCGAGCGCAGAUUUGGGCUAGCACAAAAGCUACUCGCUGCGACAAAGCAUGGGGAUAUUGUUGCCUUAAAUAUGCGGACAGGCGAGCGGGACUGGACGUUUCCAACAGGUUACGAAGAUAUAGUUCUUCUCUCUGUGAGCCAGAAGACGCAAGAGUUACACGUCUUUACGAAGAAGGGUCUGAGUUUGAUCUUGGAUAUUUCCGAGAUCAAUUCUCCAACUCCAAAGCCCGGUGAAUUGGAAUUGCCCAACCAGAAGGUGAUGAGACUGGGUCAUUCUGACAACUACUAUGUGAAAACGGCAUUCGGAGAUCCGGAGCUAAUUGUGCUGGACAGUAAUUCAGAAGUGAAUGACAAGGUAAUCGUGGACCAUACUGCCAAGUCCAUCUUUGCAUUUGUGAUUAAAGACAGCAUGCCGCGUCAAAUAUGGACAGUAGACGUUGGUAAUGAUGAGGAAAUUGUCGCCUUCCAAGGUAGGGAAGAAACCUCCAUUUCUAAUGUUGGAAUUGUCUUGGGGAAUAGAACUGUUCUUUAUAAGUACCUCAAUCCCAACCUGGCAUCUUAUAUUGUGGCAAACAAGAAAGAAGAUACAAUUACGGUGAAUAUCAUUGAUACCAUCACUGGUACCAUUAUUCAUAGAGCUACCCAUGAUGAGCAUGUGAAUCUAUUACACCCAAUAAAUCUUGUCUUUGGUGAACACUGGGUCAUUUAUUCAUAUUUCAGCAACAAACCGAUCGCAGAACAAAGAAUAUCCGUGAUCGAGAUGUACGAAUCACCCGAGCCUAAUACCCGCUAUUCCAACUCCUCAGUCAUUGAAAACAGUCUAACGCAUACCGUUUCGCCCCAUUUCGUUUCGCAGUCGUUCAUCUUUUCUGACAUUAUAAAGAGCAUGCUUCUCUCAAAAACGGUUUUCGGUAUUACAACGAAGGCGAUCCUGAUGGAACUUGACAAUGGCCAGCUGACUUAUCUGCCCAAAUUCAUUCUUAAUGCACGCAGAGUUGCAGAGUCCCAAAUGUCUGCUGAUGAUCGGAAGGAAUUUAUGGCAGUGCCUUAUGUUGGCACUAUUCCGGUUCACGAUAAUUUCGUUCUUACCCAUUAUCGGGAUAUCAUCACCAGCAAGGAGAGCAAGUUAUUCUCAAUCCCCACAAAUCUGGAGUCGACUACGUUUGUCUGCAGCUUGAGUCACGAUCUAUUCUGCAACAGAGUUGCACCAUCCGGUCAAUUUGACAUACUGAGCCCUACGUUUGAAAAAGUUAAGCUUUGUGCCACCAUUGUCGCCCUCAUUGUCAUGUGCUAUAUCUUAGGGCCAAUAGUUGGUUUGAAGCAAAUUCGGUCGAACUGGCUAGUAAAGGAAUUCUCCAUUUAG